AUGGUCAAAAUAGAGAGAGCCCCUGGUCUGGGCGGCGUGAAGUCUUCAGCUCUUGCACCAUCGAAGAGUGGAUCAACACAGAACAUGGCUGCAAAUAUAAAGGUUGUUGUGAGGGUUCGUCCUUUAAACCAAAGGGAACUAGACAUGAACACCCGCGUCGUGGUGGAUGUAGUUGACGAAAAGAUGUUAGUGUUCGAUCCCAAGGAAGAGAUGAGGCCGUUCUUCUACCAAGGAGUCCAGCAACCUAAUAAGAACUUUCUAAAGCGUGCAAACAAGGAGUUAAAGUUUGUAUUUGAUAAUGUAUGCGGCCAGAAUGCAACCAACAACGAUGUGUUUGAAACUACUACUAAGGACAUUCUGUCUUCUCUGAUGGAGGGGUAUAACUGUUCUGUGUUUGUGUAUGGAGCUACUGGUGCAGGCAAGACCUUCACUAUGAUUGGUAACGCUGAGAAUCCUGGCAUUACCUAUUUGACCAUGGAACAUUUAUUUUACACAAUUAAUUCUUUUGAAAAGGAGAGGGAGUUUGAUAUUGGAGUUUCUUAUAUUGAGGUAUACAACGAAAAUGUAUAUGACUUAUUAAAACCUUCAAGCACACCUCUGCAACUGAGGGAGGACUCGAAGUAUGGUGUCAUGGUGGCUGGAUUGACGCUGAACAGUAUCAAGACUGCACAGGAACUCCUUAAUAUGCUGGAGAAUGGCAACAAGAACAGGACACAACAUCCAACAGAUGCUAACGCUGAGAGCUCCAGGAGUCAUGCAGUUUUUCAAGUGUAUGUAAAAAUGCGCUACAAGACAAGUAGUCAGCUGCGCAUUGUGAAGCUCUCUAUGAUCGACCUGGCGGGCAGUGAGCGCGCGUCUGCUACCGGCUGCGUUGGCGACCGGUUCAAGGAGGGCGCCAACAUUAACAGGAGCUUGCUAUCAUUGGGCAACUGUAUCAACAAGCUGGCAGAUGGCAGCGCUUAUAUACCUUACAGAGACUCAAAACUGACAAGACUCCUGAAGGACAGUCUCGGCGGUAACUGCAAGACUGUCAUGAUCGCCAAUGUUUCCCCUGCAAGCACCAGUUACGAGGACACUUACAACACACUCAAGUAUGCAGCCAGAGCCAACAAGAUUCAACUGAGUAUAAAGAAGAAUAUUGUAGAAGGAGAUGUCAGGUUGUCACAGUAUGUGAAGAUUAAUCAAGAAUUGAUGAAGAAAGUCAAGGAAUUGGAGGCGAAAUUGUCGCUAUCUAGUCUUAAGGUCGUGUCUCGGGAGCCGGACAUGGCUAAGGAGAAAGCAAAACAAGAAUGGCGUAAGCGCAUCUCUGCAGAGGAGGAAGUGUACAGUGGCCUGGAGUCCAAGCUGCUGAGCCUGAUGUCCCGCCAGCGCGUGCUGGCGCUGCGCCAGCGCCUGCGGACGCGCGCCUUCACACAUGUCGCAGACCUCGCGCACAGGUCCUCCACUGAAGCUAUGGAGCAGAUGUGUAACGAAGAAAUCCCACGUCAAGAACGUGCAGCGGAAAAUUACAUGAAACAAUCUGUAAACUUAGACUCCAAAGUACUAACUGCUUGGACGAAAUGGGACGAAAGCAAGAAAAAACUCCACGUUAUAUGUCAACAAGCACUUUCAGACUGCCCAGAACUCAGUGAUUUCGUUGAUAAAGUGCACUUGAACAGUGAAUUACGACAGAUCAGAGCUAGAGAUAAUUUAAGGCAGAAAUUAUUAUCUAUAGAGAAUGAUGAGAUCGAAGCCUUCACGGAAUACAUGAGCGACAUGCCCAGUAUGUUGAAGAAAUUGUAUCUGACGCUGAAAGGCUAUGACAAAGCCCCGCCAGCAUUGACAGCGGAAUACUUAGAAAUCAUGAAGAAAGCGAAAUCAGCUAAGGGCAUCACGUGGUCGGACGAUGGUAACGAGGGCGAUGCUCACUUCAAGUUCGUCUCGACAUUAGAUCUCAAGAAACCAUCAACCACACUAGAAUAUGGUUUCUCUAAAAAGGAUGACGUUAACACAACCGUCGAUAUCAUUACCGAUAGUGAUGAUCUUACUGACUUAGAGAAUAAGGAACCGAUCAAGUUAUCAGCCAAGAAGCGCAAAGGAACACCUAUUAAACUGCUUAAUAACGAAACUAUAAUUAUAAACGAUUCCUUCGAGAGUAUGGAUACGACGAGAAACUUGAAUUCUGCCAAGAAGAUCAAGAGGGAAUAUGACUUCGCCGCGGACGUUGAAAACUAUGGUGUUAUUGAUCCUAAAGAUCUGAAUUCGACAUUUGUGAUGACUGGAAAGGUGGAAUCUAUAAAGAAACCAUUCAAAACUGAAUUCAAGAUGGAAUUAAAUCCAGUGAAGAAGGGACUGACGGAUAGAACAAAUACUAUGCCAAGGACUAUCAAUUUUGGUGACAAAGCUAAAGUAGUGAAGCCAGUGAUCGGUAAGGCGUUACCGUUCAGACGUCCACCGCUCCAGCAGAACCCGCCACAGAGAAACUUUGGUUUCGGCUCCAGUGUACCGCGGGACGCGCAAGCUCAGAGAAAUGUGCAAGACUCGAUGGCUCGGGGCAAGACGAAUGUAACUCAAAAAUCAGUCGGUUGUAAAGCAGUGCGGGCCAGGGACCGGUUCCAGUCACAUCCUUACUCCAGGCCGCCGCCCAUCUCUAGGAAAUAA